CAAAUGGCUACCAAAAAUUGACAUUAGUAAACAGGUGAUCAAUUUUAUUGUAGUAAAAAUCAAACAUCAAUUUAUUUAACUUGUUUGCCGAAAUUUUAACCGGAGACUUAAUUAUAAAAUGUGCGUUUUAACUUAAUUGAACAAUGGAGGAACCGAUUAAUCGUUCUCAAGGAGGGGAAUCUGACAUGGAAUGUUCUGACAAUGAAUGUUAUGAAGAGUAUUAUUAUGAUCUAAACGAUGAUAGCGAUAUAGAACAAGUUGAUCCUUCCAAAAAAGACCCUGAACAUUUUGAAUACAAAUGCUUGUUAGAGGAACAAGUUGAACGAUUACUAAAUGAAACUGUCGAACGAUUGAGUAAUAUGUUGGAUAUUACACCUUCUUUAGCCAAAGUACUUUUACAUAGUCAUUCGUGGAAUAAUAAUGAAAUUGUAACUAAGUAUAGAGAAAAUCCAACCAAUCUACUAGUUACAUCGAGGAUAGAGCCGGCUGUUAGUUCUACAAUUACCCACAAUGCACGGUACAUUCACUGUCCUGUGUGUGUUACGCCUCAGUCGUUAGAUAAAUUUUAUAGCUUGUCAUGUUCUCACAUGUUUUGCAAGGAUUGUUGGACGACGCAUUUUGAAGUACAAAUCACCCAGGGAAUAUCGACAACAAUAAGUUGUAUGGCAAGAGACUGUGUGGUUUUGGCACCUGAGGAUUUUGUAUUAAAACAUCUGACACGUCCCAACAUGCGCGAAAAAUACCAACAAUUCACAUUUCAAGACUAUGUUAAAUCCCACCCCGAGCUGAGAUUCUGCCCAGGUCCUAACUGUUCCAUAGUGAUUCACAGUAAAGAAAUGAAGGCAAAGAGAGCGACUUGCAGCCAGUGCAAAUCAAUAUUCUGCUUUAGAUGCGGCAUGAACUACCACGCCCCAACUGACUGCUUAGUAAUUAAAAAAUGGCUGACAAAAUGCGCAGAUGACAGCGAAACCGCUAACUAUAUUAGCGCCCACACCAAAGACUGUCCAAAGUGCCACAUUUGCAUCGAGAAAAAUGGAGGCUGCAACCACAUGCAAUGCUAUAACUGCAAGCACGACUUCUGCUGGAUGUGCUUGGGAGAUUGGAAAUCGCACGGCUCGGAAUACUACGAGUGCUCCAGGUACCGAGAAAACCCCAAUAUAGCCCACGAAUCGGUCCACGCUCAGAACGUGUUGUUCCAGGCGCGGGAGGCGUUGAAAAAGUACCUGCACUACUACGAGCGAUGGGAGAACCAUUCGAAGUCGUUGAAGCUGGAGGAGCAGACGUUGGAGAAGCUGCGUAGCCGGAUAAAUCAGAAGGUGAUGUCCGGUUUGGGUACGUGGAUUGAUUGGCAGUAUUUGUUCAGCGCGGCCGGUUUGCUGGCGAAGUGUCGGUAUACUUUGCAGUACACGUAUCCGUUUGCUUAUUAUAUGGACCCCGGGCCGCGGAAGGAGUUGUUCGAGUAUCAGCAGGCGCAGCUGGAGGCCGAGAUCGAGAAUUUGUCGUGGAAGAUCGAGCGGGCGGAGACGACCGACAGAGGCGACUUGGAAAAUCAAAUGGAUAUUGCGGAAAAACGAAGAACUACUCUCUUAAAAGACUUUUUAGAUGUGUGAUAUUUUUCUUAUAUAUUUUAAUUUAAAUUUGUAGAAUAAUUGGUGACUUUUCAAGCUAAAAGAUGAGACACGUUGGAUUUAUUUAUUGUAUUUAUUCUGCCAAAUAUAGCUUUAAUAAAUUAUCAUUUUCUUAGAAUUCGUUAAACUACACUGCGCGUCAAAAUUAACGCAUAACAAGUAAAAAAAUCCAACUCUAAAGCGGCUUUACCAAUCUUUAUAAAAUUUUGAAUAAAAAUACUUUAACUUAUAUAUCAGUUUACGUGUUUAAGGGUUUUUCGAGAAAAUAUCCUUAAAGCCCUUUUAUUUAAUAAUAAAAAACGCUG